AUGAAGACAUCAGCCGUUAUCGCCGCAGCUGGCCUAGCGGUGGCUUCGGAAGCCAUUCUUCUUCCACCGGGAUCCUAUGACCUCAGCUCCGCUGAACCCACCAUCGACGCCCUCCCUUUCGCGAUUGGCCCCGAUGGCGAGGACCAGACCGUCAAGCUUGAUUGCCCGGGAUGUCCGAUUGUGAUCGCCGGUGAUUCGGCACUCUACCGCACUCGUGCCGGUGACUCUAGCCACCUCGAGCUAGAGUUCUCCAUCGACCAUGCCCGCUCGGGAGACCGUCUGCUACUCAACGGCUUCGAGAUCUACCCCGAAUCGGAUCCUCUUGGCCCGAUGCCCCUUCGUGCGAUGGUCAAGCCCGAUACCGACGACUAUGAGACCCAGCAUCUGCCCAUCGACUACCAAGAUCUUGGUUUCAGCCUUCGCGUCAACCCUUCCAUGGCCAUGAGCCUAGACGGCAAGAACCAGCUCGUCGCCGUCGACUUUCAGGUCAUCGAGAUUGGCAACACGUUUGUUCAGGGACUUGAGAGCGUUCACCUCAAGAUGCUAAAGAAGACCGAGACCGGCGCCCUCAUGAUUGCCGAGCUCGAGACUGGACCUUCGGAGAACCCGGUUCCUCAGUCCAACAAGCAGCCAUGCCAGACCCUCAUGUGCGCUAUCAUGGGCAGCAUGGACAAGAUCAUGAACCAGGUCCGACCUCACCGCUGCAACCACCCCGGCCACCAUCACAUGGGCAACUUUGCCGACAUGAUGGGCCACAUUGGCAAGGACGCUCCACACGCUCCCCACGCCCAGCCCAAACCAGAGAACAAGGUCAACCAGGGCGAGGGCCAGAUUCACCACCACCCUCAGCGCACAUGGGCCAGCCUGUUCAAGCAGCUCAGCUACUCGAUCCUCCUGCCUAUCCUCAUCGGCAUCGUGGCUGGUAUCAGCGUCAGCAUUAUUGGCAUGAUCAUUGGCACUCUCAUCGUCGGUACCUGGCGCGUGUUUGUCCGUGGCAAGUCGUUCUUCCCGUCACGCCGCUGCUGCCGUCGCCGCGCUGGCGCUGGCCGCAAGGCUGCCGCGCACGAGGCUGCCGUGGUCGAGGAGAAGGCUGGUCUUAUGACCAACGUCGAGGACGACACUCUCCCCAUGUACACCGACGAGGAGGACAAGAGGGACACUGCCUAA